GGGAGGGAACUUUAAUUAUUCAUCCGCGAUUCCGCGUUUACACAGUCACAUUUACAGCUCUGUCUUGUGUGCUGAUCACUUGCCUACGACCAUGUCCAAAGUGGAAAAGGAUCCGGGUAGAGCAGAUGUUGGUUCAGAAAGCAAAACGGCAACCGACCAUGGAGUGGAUGCCCUUACUGGCAGUGACUUCACUCUGGGGGAGUACAAGAUGAACCACAAGAGUCGCGGCAUGGCACUCAUCUUCAACCAGGAGACCUUCCUUCGUAAGAAGACUCGUUCUGGGACCAACAUUGACCGCAACAAUCUGGAGAUAAGAUUUAAAGAGUUAAACUUUGAUGUCACAGUCCAUCAGGAUCUGAGGAGGGUUGACAUUCUGGCCAAGAUUAAAGAAGCGGCGCUGGAUGACCACAACGUGAACGCGGACUGCUUCGUGUGUGUCUUCCUGAGUCAUGGUGAGAAAGACAAGGUGUGUGCGCACGAUGAAGACAUCAGCAUCGACGAAGUUACCGCCUUGUUCAAAGGAGACAAGUGCAGAAACCUCGUCGGGAAGCCUAAGAUCUUUAUACUACAGGCCUGCCGUGGGCGUGAGUACGACCCCCCUGUGACUGGCAUGGCCGGGGACAGUGACGAAGAGGAGCACCAGGUGGUGGCGGACGCUGGUGUAUUCCACACACUGCCUGCUGGUGCUGACUUCCUCAUGUGCUACUCUGUGGCCAAAGGGUAUUUUUCCUUUAGGGAUCCCUCCUUUGGCUCCUGGUACAUCCAGGACCUCUGCGAGACCCUGAAGGGUUGCGGAAAUACCCUGGAGUUCACAGAGCUGCUGACCCUGGUGAACAGUAAGGUGGCCAAGCGUUCCGUUCCGAAAUGCAGAGACAAAGAGCUCAAAGGAAAGAAGCAGAUUCCCUGCUUUGCUUCCAUGCUCACCAAGAAGCUCUACUUCCGACCAAAAAAGUAGUAUCAGAUCGAUAAUCUCAAAUCGGUUCUGUGAUUGUAUAGCCCGGCUUUUGAUAAUGUUCACAGAUGAUUUAUUUUUUGAAAGGGUUGUAGGUGAAUGGGAUUUUAUAUCCUGCCUGAAUCAUUCCCAUCAUUUGUAACUGAUGUGUUGGCUAAAUGGACAAUGUACCAUCAUAUGGAAGUCAUAAAGUUUCAUAGCGAGUAAUCAGUACACAGCUUCAAGUUUUAUAAUAAUGUUUAUCAAUGGUGUAUAAAACAACUCAGGAUCCAUGUUUACCAUCUGCUAGCACGACGUACCUGUAUAAAUGCAUGGUUCCUGUCUUUGAAAUAAAACCUUAUGUUCGAUCA